CGUAAACAAUUGGCAACCAAAGCAGCUCGUAAAAGUGCUCCUGCAACUGGUGGUGUUAAGAAACCUCAUCGUUAUCGUCCCGGUACAGUGGCAUUACGUGAAAUUCGUCGUUACCAAAAAAGUACAGAACUAUUAAUCCGCAAAUUACCAUUUCAACGUUUAGUACGAGAAAUUGCUCAAGAUUUCAAAACAGAUUUACGUUUCCAAAGUUCUGCUGUUAUGGCUCUACAAGAAGCAAGUGAAGCAUAUUUGGUCGGUUUGUUUGAGGAUACAAAUUUGUGCGCCAUUCACGCAAAGCGUGUCACAAUUAUGCCAAAAGAUAUUCAAUUAGCCAGACGUAUUCGCGGAGAACGUGCUUAAUUGAAUUGAAGAAGAUA